GUGCCCUGCUGUUUUGCGGAUGUUUUCAUCGCGGGCGGUAGUGAUCCCUAACAGCCCCUGACACCACGCAGUCCGGGAGGUGAGAGGAAACUGUACAGACUGAGGUCGCUUAAGAAGCUGAGCGGCAGCAUCAUGGCGGAGCACAUCGAGCCUCCGGUUCAUACCCAGAGUCCGCAACCGGUGCCGGCGGCGACCUGGCCAAUUACCCGAGAGUCCUAUGAGCUGCAGGAGGUCAUCGGCAGUGGGGCCACAGCUGUUGUUCAGGCAGCUCUGUGCAAGCCCAGGCAGGAGCGAGUGGCCAUAAAACGGAUAAAUCUGGAGAAGUGCCAGACCAGUAUGGACGAGCUGCUGAAAGAGAUUCAGGCAAUGAGUCAGUGCAGCCACCCGAACGUGGUAACAUAUUACACUUCCUUUGUGGUAAAGGAUGAACUUUGGCUGGUCAUGAAGCUGUUAAGUGGAGGGUCGAUGCUGGACAUGAUAAAACACACGUUCAGCCGAGGGGAGCAUAAGAACGGUGUUCUGGAAGAGUCCAUCAUAGCCACCAUCUUGAAGGAGGUGCUGGAGGGCUUAGACUACCUGCACAGGAACGGACAGAUCCACAGGGACGUGAAAGCUGGGAACAUUCUGCUGGGUGAAGAUGGCUCCAUCCAGAUAGCAGAUUUCGGAGUUAGUGCAUUCCUAGCCACGGGCGGAGAUGUCACUCGGAACAAGGUCCGCAAGACGUUUGUAGGGACGCCCUGCUGGAUGGCGCCGGAGGUGAUGGAGCAGGUGCGAGGCUACGACUUUAAGGCGGACAUUUGGAGUUUUGGAAUCACGGCUAUUGAGCUGGCUACGGGCUCUGCGCCGUAUCACAAGUACCCCCCCAUGAAGGUCCUCAUGCUGACAUUACAGAAUGACCCCCCCAUGCUCGAGACAGGCGUGGAAGACAAGGACAUGGUGAAAAAGUAUGGCAAGUCCUUCAGGAAACUGAUAGCUCUGUGCCUUCAGAAGGACCCCACUAAAAGGCCUACAGCAGCCGAGCUCUUGAAGUGUAAAUUUUUCCAGAAGGCUAAGAACAGAGAGUAUCUGAUCGAGAAACUGCUACAGAAAGCGCCGAACAUCACCCAGAGGGCCAAGAGGGUGCGGAGGGUGCCGGGUUCGAGCGGGCACUUGCACAAGACGGAAGAUGGCGACUGGGAGUGGAGCGACGACGAGCUGGACGAGCGCAGCGAGGAGGGCAAGGCGGCGGUGAACCAGGGCAGGUCCCGGAGGCUCAGAGACGACAGAAAAGAUGACGAGGUGAACGCCAACAAUGUAGCGAUGCAGGGACUUUCCAUCCAGCAUCCCCAGGUGCAGCCUUAUGAGUGCCUGACGGACAAACAAGGCCAGGCAUCCGUCAACAUGGUCCUGCGCUUGAGGAACUCCAGAAAGGAACUGAAUGACAUUCGAUUCGAGUUCACCCCAGGCAGAGACACAGCGGACGGCGUCUCCCAGGAGCUGUACUCUGCUGGACUCGUCCAGGGCCACGAUGUCGUCAUAGUCGCCGCUAACCUCCAGAAGAUCGUGGACGACCCCGUUACCUACAAAGUGUUGACUUUUAAGUUGGCCUCUGGCUGUGACGGCACAGAGAUCCCGGACGAGGUGAAACUGGUGGGCUUCGCUCAGCUGAGUGUCAGCUGAUGCCUUGGACUCCAACACCCUCCUCCCCACCCCCACCACCUUGCCCCCCGCCCUCACUUGCUCCAGGCAGGUGACGAGGAGGGGCAGCCUUCCAGCCCUCAGACUGAGCACAAGGAGGGAUAUGGAGAAGAUGCACCUUUUCAGCCCAAAAACCCCUUCUGCGUUGUACCUCCGCCGAUUGCCAGCAGAGCGGUCGCCAUCCCCCUUGCCCCCCCCCC